UAUUGUACACGACAAAGUAAUUUGUAUACCAGCUAGAUUGUACACCUAGGUCAGUCGUAGUGCGACAGUUAAUCCGGAAAGUGCAAUUUCUUUGAAAUGUUGUUCACAAUUUUAGCUAUCGGUGCAGUUCUAUGCCUCGCUAGUGUCUGGUCCCUGGUUCAGAAGCGGAGCAGUUUUGCGAAAAGCAUUUCCGUGGCUGAACCGUGGUACCCGUUAGUUGGAAAUGGUCUGCUGUUUGUCGGAAAGGACGAUACUGUUAAAUUUCACAAUAUGAAAAACAUGUUCGACAGAAGCAAUAAACUGUUUCGGUUUUAUUUGGGACCGAAAAUGUUGUUUGGCACAAGUGAUCCGGACAUGGCCCAGCAAAUCCUUACCGACCCCAAUUGCAUGGAUAAACCAUAUUUGUACGACUACUUUAUGCUGGGCCAAGGAGUUUUUGGAGCAAAAACGAAAGUUUGGCGCGGUCAGCGAAAAGCCUUGAAUCCAGCAUUUAACACAAAAAUCUUGGAGAGUUUUAUGACAAUAUUCGGCGACAUAACCAGGAGUAUGAUACAACGAUUGGAGACAAUUGCAAAAGGGGAAACGAUCAACUUUAUGGAACAUGUUUCGAGGUGUACGCUGGAGAUGGUUUGCGCAACAACGCUGGGGUUUAAUGCAACAAAGCUCAACGAAAUUGAAAAAUUGGGCUAUUAUAUUGAACGGAAUUUUGACUUAGCAGCAAGGCGUAUGCUUAACUUUCACCUCCAGCUGGAUUGUAUUUAUCGUUGGUCAAAGGAUUAUCGUGACGAACGAGCUCUUCGUGGACACUUAGAGAGUUAUGGAAUGCAGAUUUAUGACGAUGCCAAUGAUCGAUACGCUAAGGGUUUAUUUCAAAGCGAUACCACUGAGCUUGAUGAGAACGAAGGUUUCCGGAAACCACAAAUUUUUGUCAACCAGCUAUUCGCGAGUACCAGCAGAAAGUUCGAGCGUGAUGAUCGCAAUCGCUAG